AUGCCCUCUGUCUUCCCUGCUGUGGACUCAUCCUCCAAAGCCCAUUUUAAGCUCCUCUUCUCCAUGACCCCUGGCAACCACUGUUCCACUUUCUGUCUCUGUGAAUUUGACUGCUCUGGGGACCUCAUCGGGGCCUUUUCUGAAGUGGUUUUAGCUGAAGAGAAAGCAACUGGAAAGCUCUUCGCGGUGAAGUGCAUCCCCAAGAAGGCGCUGAAGGGCAAAGAGAGCAGUAUAGAGAACGAGAUUGCCGUGCUGAGAAAGAUUAAGCAUGAGAACAUCGUGGCCCUGGAAGACAUUUAUGAAAGUCCCAAUCACCUGUAUUUGGUCAUGCAGCUCGUAUCCGGUGGAGAGCUAUUCGAUCGGAUAGUGGAGAAGGGAUUUUAUACCGAGAAAGACGCGAGCACUCUGAUCCGGCAGGUCUUGGAUGCCGUGUACUAUCUCCACAGGAUGGGCAUCGUCCACAGGGAUCUCAAGCCUGAAAAUCUGUUGUACUACAGUCAAGAUGAGGAGUCCAAAAUAAUGAUCAGUGACUUUGGAUUGUCAAAAAUGGAAGGCAAAGGAGACGUGAUGUCCACGGCCUGUGGAACCCCAGGCUAUGUUGCUCCUGAAGUUCUUGCCCAGAAGCCUUACAGCAAAGCCGUUGACUGCUGGUCCAUUGGAGUGAUUGCCUAUAUCCUGCUCUGUGGCUACCCUCCUUUUUAUGAUGAAAACGACUCCAAGCUCUUUGAACAGAUCCUCAAAGCAGAAUAUGAGUUUGACUCCCCCUAUUGGGAUGACAUCUCUGACUCUGCAAAAGACUUCAUUCGGAAUCUGAUGGAAAAAGACCCAAAUAAAAGAUACACCUGUGAGCAGGCAGCUCGGCAUCCCUGGAUCGCCGGUGACACAGCCCUCAACAAGAAUAUCCAUGAGUCCGUCAGUGCCCAGAUCCGGAAGAACUUUGCAAAAAGCAAAUGGAGACAAGCAUUUAAUGCCACCGCUGUGGUAAGACAUAUGAGGAGAUUACAUCUCGGCAGCAGCCUGGAUAGUUCAAGUGCAAGUGUCUCCAGCAGCCUCAGCUUGGCCAGUCAAAAAGAUUGCCUGGCACCUUCCACGCUGUGUAGUUUCAUUUCCUCUUCAUCAGGGGUCUCAGGAGUUGGAGCUGAGCGGAGACCCAGGCCCACCACUGUGACAACAGUGCACACCGGAAGCAAGUGACCCGCUCUGGAGGUGGGAUCCAGGGGGCAGGGCCGGGGAAGGGGAGCCCCAGAGCACCAGGCCGGAACCACUCCAUUGUUGGAGACCCCACCCUGCAUGGUGCACUUACCUGCUUAGGACUGGAAGACAGAAGGUUUUUUAUGGCCAUAUUUUAUACUGCAAUUCUGAAGUGUUCAUUUCUCACAAACUGUACAGACUCAAGGGGAGCUGGUGCUGUAUAUAAGAAUCUCGAAACAGAAUGGACCUUCUUAUUCCUCUCCCCCAAACUCCGUCAUUUCCACCUUUCUCAGCAUAGGCAGCCAUCUAGGGUGUAUUUUUUUUUCAUGAAAAACAAAACAAAAAAAAAGGUUUCAACUGGAUUAUUUAAAUAUUGGUAAAUAUUGUGCAUUAGGGUUCUCUUUUCUUUGGGAGGUUAUGUCUUUUGAUCUGUAUCUUUCAGUUCAUGAUCUGUAUUUUUGCUCUUCAUUAGUAGUUUUAUGUUAACCUUUAAGAGAGUUUUUUUUCUUCCUCCAUGGGGAAUUUAAAGGUAUUUUUAAAAAUUUGAAUGAGAGGAUCAAGAAUCCAUCUCCAAGGCUAAGAAUGCACUUUCUUUCUGUCCUAUGUCUUUGUUUCUAUAGGAAGACAGCUUAGUUCUGUGGGGCUAGCUUCUCUCCAGGAAACUCUAGUGGGGGGAACCUCAGAAAACCUUUCUAGCAUCUCCUCCGGCAAUCCCCCCCACCACAGCAGAAAUGAAGCCCGCUCCCCUGAGACCCAAAGGCUCCACUUCACAGGCAACCCUUACUCUGUGAAUGACAGUCCCGCAAUGUCAUGAUUUAGGAGCCGCCAUUACAGAAGAAAUGGCUGCCAUUUUGUUUAAGGACAUACUUUAAGCAGCCCUCAUUUCUCAUGAGGGAUGACGGUCAAAAACUCUGACCUUAGCUAUGCACUUUUAAAAUUAAUCUCGUCCUCUGAGUUUUUAUUUUUAAUGAAUUUCUAAUCUUAUACUUAAAAUGGCCUCUAACACACACAGGUUGUUUUUCCACUUUUUGUUUUAAUACUAUUCUCUUACGAAUGUUAUACAAGAGAGGGAAAGGAAAUAGCUUUGAAGAAGACACCAUUUAUUUAGAGUGGUAAAGAAAACUGACCCAUCAAGUGAAAAGAACACUGACCACCAGUAGAGAUGGCUCAGCUGGUACAUGAAGCUAUCUCUCAUUAGACGAAGCCAAAAAUCAAAAACCUGUGGUGGUAGGGUCACGGAAUGCCCCAAGUUGCCAGGAACUAAUGGAUUCUCCAGUAUGUGGGACUUUUGUUGGUGCCUACAAACUACACCAUGUAACUCACAUGGUGGUUGGGUGUUAGGAGGGUACAAGUGUAAUGUGCAACUCAGGGCAAACAUACGCCAAGGUAGAGCCUGUAGAGCCAGACAGGUGGCUCUGGGUGCCAGCUUUGCAAAAGUCCUCCAUCAGCCCUCAUGCCUUUCUAUUAUCCUGAGGUUCAGUUCUGUAGGGGUCCAAGUAGAUGUGUCUGAUAAGCAGUGGCCAUUCUGGCUGCUAUCCUCAGGCCCUUCUAGAGAUGGCCAGACAUGGAGAGUCCAGUCAAGCAAGUCACCUUUGUCACUCCCCCACUUUUGCCUGUGAUAGGUGAUGGCUCUUUCUAACACACACACAUACACCACACACCACACCACACACACACACCCCCCACAGUGUGUGGUAAGACUUGGCAUCCCCAGGCUACCUCCCUAAGGACACAGGGCCAAGGCCAGAUAUAUAAGAAUACAGCAAAGUCAGACAAGUGGUCAACCUGUUCCCACAUACAUCACAGAUAGGGGAUGAUACGAGGUCCUCCUGGAGUCUGAAGCCUGAUACUGGGGUAGGGCAUAGAGAGCAGGAGCUGGGAGUGAGCAGAGCAUGCUUAGGUAAGGUUCAUUUUUAUCUACAAUAGCCUUAAGGGAACGGGGGCUGCUAGAUUAGAGAAAUAACACCCCAGGGCUCAUGUUUGCAACAGGUUGGUAUUCAUCACCUUCUUCUGCCCCUAGUUCCAUAGGCAAAUCCAAAAGGGAGAAUACACCUUGUUUAAUCUCUUUUUUAAAAGAAAAACAUUCUAUGGAGAAACGAUGUCCCUCCUAUCCUCCCUCUUCCCCCCAAAAAGCUGGUAUAGUUUCCUGUUCUUGAUUCUAAAAUCUCACCUCAAGGCCAGGCAUGGUGGUACAUAUAAUCUCAACUGUAUGUCCAGCUACCAGGAGGCAGAGAUGGGACAAUCGCAGUCUGAGGCUCCCAGACCAAAGCACUGGACUUCGUUGAAAAAUAAAUGAAAGCAAAAAGGAUGGGAAGCAUGGCUCAAAUGAUAUGAGACUUGCCUAGCAAAUGUGAAGCCCUGGGUUCAGUCACCACUACUAGUUAAAUAGGUAAACAUCAAAUCUCACUUCAAGAACAGGGCACGGCAUCAUGUGACUUUAGGAAGGGUCUCAGUCUCCAACUAGCUCUUAGCAUCAUAUCUGGGAAACUCAGCAGUUACACAUAGGACAGAAGAAGAUGCUCAUGGCUGAACAGUAGAAAAUAUUAGCAGUCUGCUGAAAGGAAUUUGGCAUCAGACUCAGUUUACCUCCCUCACAUGAGCCUCAUACUGUUCAUUUGUUCAUCUUAGUGUCCAGCGUGGGCUGGAUGGUGGAUGGUGGAUGGGAGAGGGGAAUUCCCUUCAGAACCAAAGCCACCAUAGAUACAGAGAAGCAGAGAGAUGAUUCCCUGUUAAAAGGAUUUUCCUCAUGGAAAAUCAGGCUUAACCUAAUCAGCCUGUGGAAACUUGAGGCUUUAUGAACAAAGCUUUGGCUAGAAUUGAUCCUUUACGCUAGCAAAAGCAUACCUGUGCCACUACUCUGGGACUUAAGGCAGGAGAUAUGAGAAAGGAAGGCAUGGACCAGCAAAGGGCAGCUCCUCCCAUUUUUCAUUAAAAACAAAACAAAAAAACAGAUUUCCCAGGUUGGCCCAGUCAUUCCUGGCAAAUGAACCUCGGGCCCUGCGAUCUAAUCAGUGCACGAGCGCUUUGCAUGUCAUACUAACCAAGUACUUCCCUCUCCUGUCUCCUCACUGCAGAGUUGGCCUUCUUACCACAUUCCAGACCAAACACUGUUUCGUUUGUUUCCAAAAGGCAGGGGGGAAAAAAAAGAUGUAUAUAGAAGUAUAUGAUCCACCUGGUUGUAGAUCUGGGCUACAAGUGUACUUGAUAUUUUUGAAAAAGGUAUUCCAUAAUGUUUCAGAAUUCAAAAGGUUGAGAUCUUAAAAAAAAAACGAACUGGAAAACAGAUGCUGAAAGGUGCAGAGUGUUAUUUUCUGACACCACGAGAAAAUGUGUCCACUGAUAAAUUAUCUUGCAAACCUCAACCCUGUAUAGCAGGCAGGUUUAUGGAAGAGAGAAAGAAGAAGCAAAAAGCCCCCACUCCCCAUCCAUGAGUCCUCAGUGACCCCAGUGCAUCAUGGUCUGCAGCCCUGCUGUCAAAUCUGUCCUGCAUGCUGGCCGGGGCCUGACCUGCCUCCUGCUCCACACAGCAGCCGAAGCUCCCAGAGUCAACCAGAAGGAGUUGGUCCUUUUUGGACUACCUACCCUCCUGCAGCAAGAGCAGUUCAGCUUGUGGCUCUGGGAGCUGGGCGAACCCCAAGUCUGAGCAUUUGGAAGCCAAACACUGAGCAUGUGGCUGCUGAGUUCUGGCUUUGUGGAUAAAGCAAAUGGCUUCUCUGUGUCUAUAUCUUUCUACACCAAAGGGACAAGCUGUUGCAUUUACCCUGUGUACUAAGGCCGCUUCUGCAUUUCCCCAGGCCUCUUUUUAACCUUCCUCCUCCCCCCCUCCCCCCACUCCGGGGAACUUGUCAUACAAUUAUCCAAUCUUCUAAAGAUCUGCCAUAUUAUUCUACUUAACAGGUGAUUUGAUUUUCUUAUGGACAGGAAAGAAAAUGAAAAUAACAGGAAUGUUUGAGGCUUUAUGGUAGAGAUCAGACAUCACCAAGGUCUCAAAAGUCCCCAAAUGCUAGUUAAAUUGUUUCUCCAAGGAAAAGCUUUGGACAGACUAGAAUUCCUAGGCCCUCUGGGAAGCCUUGUGCUUUGGGGUAUAGGGCUGUGGAUUGGAGUAACAGCCAGGCUGCAAGUGGCCCAAAGAAGGAACCAGAACAUGCAGCACUGAAGCCUGCCAUUCUCCUUCCUAAACACUUAGUUGUUUGGGGGCGACAUGAGACAUUAACAUUGAGAAACAUCUUCCAUUUUGAGACAGGCACGUUUCAGAGAAAGUUUAUCUUUGUCCCAUGACCAGGUGAGAAGACAUGGAAGGUACAUUCUUGCCCAGCAUAUACAUUGGAUUCAUUUCUAAAUUGGUUUCUAUGGCUACACACAAUAGAAUUGUCCUUCUUUUGGUUCCCUUUCCACUACCACCCCACCCCCCCCCACGACAGCAAGCAUGUUUUCCAAAAGCUUACCAUGCCCCGCCCAGGAAUGUCCCCCCAUGUCUGUUACCAGGCUUGUGAUUGGUUCAAACUUUCCAUUAAAAACAAAACCACAAAACAAAACAUGCUUGUCCAAAAGAAGGGAAAUUGUGCAUUUAUUCCUUGCAUGUAAUAAACUCUGCAAGAAGUUUUAACCCCCCUCAGUUUGCGGCUCUGCACAAUUGUCCAUGGGUCUCUGUAACCAAUGAUUCUCUGCCUUGACAAUCAUGUAUACAUAUCAAUAUUUCUAUCAUAAUGAGAUUGAUGACUUCUUGUUUUCCUCCAAUAAAGAUGAUUAAUCACCUUCACA